AUGUCCGCAUCCACCGCCGAACGCCUCAUCUUCUACGACGUCCUUUCCGAAAGAUGGCCGCAGACAUGGUCUCCAUAUACAAUGCGAAUCUUGCUCACCCUGAAGCAUCUCAACAUCCCAUACACCCACAUCCCAGUCUCCUAUCCCAACAUCAAACCGCUUCUAUCCUCGCUCGAUGUCCCCGCAUCGAUGACCAAGGCAGCACCAGCAUACACUCUUCCCGCCAUCACUAUCCCAGCAACAGCAACCACAUCCUCCCACACGAUCAUGGGAUCGAUGGAAAUCGCUCGAUACCUAUGCACGCUCAAUCCUUCUCACGCCACCGCUUUAUUCCCCAACGCCGCUGAAUCUACCGCUGCGGCUACUGAAUUCGACGAUAAAGUGUUCGGAAAUGUCAUGAUGGAGGGAUAUAUGCAACAUGUUCUUCCAUUUACACCUCUUAUACUCGAUCCCGCAGGUGCAGAAUACAUCGAGGAGAGCAAGAGGCCUUUUCUCGGGUCUUUGAAAGAGUGUCGCGAACGCGCUUUGGCGGAGGAGCAAGAGAUGGGUGGGUUGGAGAAGGUGAUGGAGAAAGCGCUGAUGCCGGUCGUGGAGUUUUACGAAGAAAGUGGAGAGCUGCAGUCACAGGGUUAUGAGGGAGGGGUGUUUUAUGGAGGAAGACAACUACCGCAAUUUGUGGAUUUUUGGGCUGUUGCUUUGGUGAUGUGGGGAGUCAUGGUUAGAGGAGAAGUUGUAUUGGAGGCGCUGGACGGGGUCGUCGAGGGUAGUAGGAUUGCUGAAGUUGUGAGGAGGUGUCUUACUUCUCCAGAGGCUAGGUGA